CGGUCAUGUGAUCAGCUGUGUCCAAUCACAGCUGAUCACAUGGGACAUGUACACUAAUCAUCAGAGCACUGAUGAUCAUUGUGCCCUGAUUAUCAGUGUAGCCCCAGCAGUGCCACCUGUCAGUGUCCAUCAGUGCCAGCAGUCAGUGCUCAUCUGCGCCAGUGCCACAUAUCAGUGCCUACCAGUGCACAUCAAUGCCACAUAUCAGUGCCCAUCUGAGCUGCCUUUCAGUGUCACCCAUCAGUGCCAGUCAGUGCCAUAUAUCAGUGCUGCCUUUCAGUGCCCAUCAGUGAUGCCUGUCAAUGCCCAUCAGUGCCACCUAUCAGUGCAGCCUAUCAGU